GUUCGAGUCAUCAAUUCAGGAGCUGAUCUCACCCGCAACAAGCUGCCUUCAGAACCUUCUCACCAGAUUGAAUAGCCUUUCACAUAUUGCAGGCUGCUUCCCAAGCUAAACUAGUCAAGAUGAUGAUCAAAGUAGCUCUUGUGCUCUGUGCUAUUGUGGCAACCAGUAUGGUGUGCGCCAAGGAUUUUGAAGAGCAAGAUGCAUUGGACACCUUGCUGAAUCUGAUGCUCUCGGAGGAAGUUGCAUCUCCUGAUGCUGUGGCCUUGCAAGGCUCCCUCUCGGAGGAUGAUGCAUCUCCUGAUGACGCGGUAGCCUUGCAGGGAUGGAAGAGGCGAGCCGCCAAAGUUGGAGGUCGUGUAGUUCGUCGCAGGAUAGCCCAUCGCGGUGGUGACCGGAAGUUAACUAGGACAAGUCGUAAAGUCCAUCGUAAAAUUCUCAAAGUUCAGCAAUUAUGCAGGGGAGUUGGUUACUCUCCAGAAGAAGCUCGUGCUCAAAUUUUGGCUGAGAUCCCGGCGAUGAAAGAAGAGGAUAUCAGCGAAGAGGAUCUUAGAUCGAUCUGCGCUGGUGCGCAUGCCCUUUUCCGAUAGACUCGGAAGGGACCGUGACACAACAUCCGGGACGCUUGAAGUCGAUUCUUCCUCAAGAAACAAUGAAAUAAAAGCAAGAAAUUGUCAUCUUCCAUCGUGUAUUUGCAACUUUUCUAUAAUUAGAAUCUUCUUUACCACUUCUGUAUUUGUUAAGCCUUUAAACCUUGUUAAUCUUCUAAAAUGAAAUAAUGGUGAGUGGUUUUCAUUAAUAACACAUAUUUUCUGUUUCUUCCAUGUUUUUAUUCAUUAUACAUCUUUCAAAUAUAAUUUAUGUAGGGUUAACUGUACACCAACCUUAAAAUCUAGCAUAAUACUACAUCUUUUCAUCAUAAGCUUCAAAUUAAAAAUCUUCUCUCUGUUUUGCUCUUUUUUUUCCUAAAGAAAAGAUCCGACAACAAGACAUUGUAACCAUGGUAUAAGGGGAAUAACUAAUAGUAUUGGGAAUAAUGCUGAUAAUAAAAUCACAUGAACUUGCAAAACAUA